AAAGCUCGUUGGGGACGCUUGUCGAUAGCUCGAGCCUCAUUAGUGUCUUUCACAAAUCCAUCCUUCCUUCCUACGUUUGUUGCUCCAUCCUUAAUCACUACCCGCCAACUCCCGCAGUUUGUCUCCUUCUCCGGUCACGAAAUUUCCCGCAGAGAUUUCCUCUUCACCCAUUUGUAGAAAAAUCCCCAUCCGGAGGCUCUUCUUGUUUGAUCCUCCGGUUGCUGAUUUCGAUUGAUGAAGAUGGGAUUUUUCCUCUUCUCGAGCUUGUUUCUCUGCUGGGUGAUCAAUGGAUAAGAACCAGGAACUUCGCUGAGGAACCUCCCCACAUAAAAGUUCUACCUUUGCCCCCACCUGAAGAAAGAAACCCACGAAUCUCUCUGGGUUUCCCUUCUUCUUGAUCGAGGAAAGAUAGGAUUUUUUUUUUAUAAAUUUUUUUCGAUACUCUUUUUUCCUCUUUUGGGUUGUUGAUGAAUGAGUAAUAAGCAGAAUCAACAAAUGGGUUCACUGGGGAAAGGAGCUGACCUGAAGGGUGUUGGUGUUGAUGGCUAUAGCCAUAACAGCAGUAGAUAUGACUACUCGUUUAAGAUUCUGCUGAUAGGGGACUCCGGGGUUGGGAAGAGCAGCCUUCUCCUCAGCUUCAUCUCCACCUCUGUUCUUCACCAUGACCUCUCUCCCACCGUUGGUGUGGACUUUAAGAUCAAGCUACUCACAGUCGGAGGCAAGCGGUUGAAGCUCACUAUCUGGGACACAGGUACUAAAUCUGGACAGGAGAGAUUCGGUAUAGUAACAAGCUCGUACUACAGGGGGGCUCAUGGAAUUAUACUCGUUUAUGAUGUGACGAGACGAGAAACGUUCACGAACCUGUCAAACAUAUGGGCAAAGGAGGUAGAGCUCUACUCCAGCAAUCAGGAUUGCGUGAAACUUGUAGUUGGGAAUAAAGUUGAUCGGGAGAGCGAGAGGGCUGUAUCGAGAGAAGAAGGGAUGGGUCUAGCCCUCAAGUAUAGAUGCUCGUUUCUUGAGUGCAGUGCCAAAACCAAAGAAAAUGUGCAUCAGUGCUUUAAGGAGCUUAUAUAUAAGAUACUGGAGGUUCCCAGUCUACUAGAGAAGGGAUCAGUGGCUGUAAAGAGGCAGAUUUUGAAACAGAAAGAAGUACAAUACCCGCACUCAAAAGGAGGCGGCUGCUGCUCUUAAGCUCGAUUUGUAUAGAAACGACACUUGUUGGUAGAAAACUAUACUUUCAUACAGCAAGAAUCGCAACAUUCCACUACCCGGCCAUUAUAAGUUCAAAAUAAAGAUCCCUUUGUUCUUGUCGGGUUUGAAGUACUGCAGAUUUGUUUAUUUCCAUUUUGGUUGAGUACAACCCUUCAGGUAUCUUUGUUGUACUGAUGAUAGGAUUUGCCGAGGAGAAGAUUGUGAUGUACAUAGAGGUUGCUUGAUGUAAUUAAUGGAGAAAGUGUUGUGAUAGCUCAAGCAAAUAAUUACAUGUGGCAGCGAGAUUUUGUACAUAUUGAAAUUUAAACAAGAAAUGAGCUGUUCGAUAAAA